UAAACAAACGAGAACCGCGCCUGCCGUGGAUCUUUCUGCCGGCGUCGAUGCUUAGGCAAUGAUCGCACGCUCGUUUGAGCGUUAAUCGCGUCGAUUGAAGGAAGAGAAGAAGCGUUGGUUUGUUCACCGGUCAUGUCGUCGACGUAAAAGGAGCCUGCGAGGCCAGAGAGUCAAACCGUGAAGGAAGGGCAACUCAUUUCGCCACCAUGAGCACCGGCUACAUCACGCUGAACGGCGAGCGGUUUGAGGACCUUCUCCAUGAUCGACGCACCAUAGGAGACCUGUCGUGGUGCACACGAGAAUGGAGCUGCCCCAAGUACCGCUUCUUUGGCAACCGGACACCACACCAGGUCAAGCAGGAGGUGCUGCGCAGCGCGCGUGUACAGAAGGCUAUUACCGAGGUGAGCGCCGAGCAGAAGCGACCCGUCGCGGAAGUGUCGGAGGAGGUGCGCCGCAUUCUCGAGCAGAUGGGGCACAACAUGCGUAUGGGCAACAUUCGUUUCCUCGGCUACAUGUUCAGCAAGUCAUACAAGAGCAUGUACCGGGCCAUCUACGUCCACACCGAGGGCAUGGAGCGGUACCGAAAAGCUGCUGCUGAAAAUCCGGUGCUGCUGCUGCCAACGCACCGCAGUUACAACGAUUUCCUGCUCAUGUCUUACGUGUGCUUCUAUUACAACGUACCGCUCCCCGUCAUAGCAGCAGGAAUGGACUUUCUGGGCAUGCCAGCCGUGACCAUGCUGCUUCGCAACGGCGGUGCCUUCUUCAUCCGGCGCUCGUUCGGCACCGACCAACUGUACUGGGAGGUGUUUCGCCAGUACAUCCACUCCCUCAUUGCCGGCUCAGAGCACGCCCUCGAGUUCUUUGUCGAGGGAACACGCAGCCGCACGGCCAAGUCACUCUGUCCAAAAAUCGGUCUGCUUCAGACAGUGUUGGAGAUGUUCUUCACCUCUCAAGUCUCUGACAUAACCGUCAUCCCCAUCACCAUCACGUACGACCGCACGCUCGAGGAGAACCUCUAUGCCUUCGAGCUGCUGGGUGUGCCCAAACCCAAGGAGUCUACGUCGGGCCUGGUGAAGGCUAGGGGCAUCCUGAACGACGACUACGGCAACAUCUUCAUCAAGUUUGGCUCGCCCAUGUCGGUCCGGCAGUUCUGCGGUCGGUCGGUUGAUCGGUCUGUGCACAGCAGGCACCCUAGAUUUGAGACCCACGUGACCCCCGAAGAAACUGCGGUGUGCAAUCGCCUCGCCCACUGGGUGGUCCGGGCUCACCACAGGUCCCUGGCCCUGUCGGCUUUCCCCCUGUUGUGCCUCUGCUAUCAGGCGCGCGUGAGCCAGCAGCGCAGCCGCGGCCUGUUGCCACCGCGGGUCAUGCUUCACGAUCUGGCCGACGAGGUGCUCUGGCUGCGAGAGCUGGUGCAGCGCCUGGGUGCCCUCGUGCACCUUAAAGGAGGAAACAGCAACCAGACAAAUCCAGUGAGCUGGCUCCGUCGCGAAGUCCGGCUGCACUCCAACAUGUUCCGGCUCACGCCAGAAGGCACCAUCGAAUUGGCACCGGCCGACGCGAGCGCAGUGCUCCCGGUUGUAGCCGAAGCUGGUGCCAAGGCACCUGGUGCCCUGCUGCGGAUAGAGGCCGACACGGUGAAGACGGCCGUGCCUGAGAUGAUGCUGUAUCACUACGGCAACCAGGUUCUUCAAGUGGUGGCGCCAGUGUGCAUGGCGUCGCUCGCACUUCUGGUCACACCAGUCCCACGGUCUCAAGCUUCAGUGUACGAGAACUUCAAGAAGCUACAGAGCCUACUCCAGCGGGAGUUUGUUUUUGAGGUGGACAAACUGGAAGAGAGCUUUCUGGAGGCAACGUACGCGCUGCAGAGUCUCAACGUGCUUGCCGUCCUCCGGCUGGAGCCGGCUUCUCCGGAGAGCACGAGCAGCUUGCAUUUCCUCGCUAGUCACAUGACACCCUUCCUCGAGGGGCUUCAGACGGUGUGCGUCUUCCUGCGCGAUCAGCCCAGCGACGUGGUGGAGGUGCCCUUGCCCGAGCUAGUGCGGAAGUGCCAGUGUGCCGCGGAGAAGCGGCUGCGCCAGGGACAGCUUGCAGACUACCGGGUGCUGUCCCUCGACAUGCUCAACAAUUGCCUCAUCUGCCUCUGUAACCUGGGUGCAGCACACAAGGAGAAGCGGGACGGUGCCGUCGUCUUGGUUCCAAAUGCUGACGCCAUCUCCAAAGUUCUGGAGAGCAUCGAUGUGUUCCUUUCCCUGGCCGCGAGGUCGUCGUCGUCGAGGGACGCUGAGCCCUGCCAAGCCAAGCUGUAGCCGCGAGGAUGCUGCAGCUUAUUUAUUUCAUUUCCAUAGAAACAUGUGGUAUUGUUGUGAUAUAUGUCCGCCUACAGUCAGUUUUGUAUAGCCCAAAUACAAGUAAUCUCUACGAGUCACAGGAAUUAAUCUUUCGCUUGCUUAUUUUUUUUCUCACCCCUUUCAGUGCUUCUUUUUGCACUCGAACGUUUUAUUUUUCUGUUCUCUGUUUCUACAUUGAGUGAUAGGGGUUUUGUUUCAAUGUCGUGUUUUAAUGGCAUUUAGUAGUGAUUAUGUGAAACGUAGGCAUUCAGGAGGACAUGUGUCAGUGCAGCGGAAUCAUUUCCGAGUAUUCCUUAAUGAACAACGUGUUCAGGUUCAGCACAUGUUAAUGGCCUGAAAUAGUUGUACAGUAAUACCUCGUUAACUGGAAGUCGUAAAAACCAGGGAAAAUUUUGAGAUUCUUGGGAUAAGCAAAGGUGCACUAAUUGCCAGGAAUAAUUAGUACUUUUCAGAAAAAUCACUGCUACUUACCGGCUACUCAAUAACAGUUCGUAAUCUUUUUUCUCGUGCAAGAUUUAAAGAAAAAAAUAAUGACAUUCAAGAAACUUUAACCUGCUGGGUUUUGCCGGACACCCUUACAAUCAACGCCGCUUCAAUGUCUGGGAACUUUGAACCUCGAACCCCCUUUAGCUGGCUGGAGAAGCUCUGCUGAAAUCCAUCCAGCAUCUUUUGCUUGUUUUUCAGUACCGUCGAAAGCGUAGACAAACGGGAUGCCGAAUUCCUGCACCAUGCUCAAUUUCAUUCGGCCUUCUUUCUCCACUUCCUUAAUUAGGGCAACCUUUUUUUCUAGCGUUAACAGCUUGCACUGCCUUGAUGCCAUGCUUGCCACACACGCUAAGUUGCCACUUCUCACAGUCAGUGAAAAAUCCGUACUGCUGGGUUUGCGCAAAUUAACAGAAAUCGCACCUCAGGGAAAAUUGCGAGCAUCGCACUCGCAGUCAGCAAAAAAUCCGUACCACGUGGUUUUCGCAGAUGGGUGGAAGUCGCACCUCAAGGAAAGUCAUGUGCACUGCACAAAGCGAACGAGACAAACUAUGGCAAGCGUGGGCAGAGGGCUUCCCUGCUCGGCAUAUGUACGUGUCCCAUGACGUGCCACAGAGUUGCUUGAUGAAGUUAAUAUGUCUCUAGGUUGAGACUUCACACACUUUGCGGUUGCAGAAAGCAUCGACGUAGUGGCAGGCGCAGCUAAAUAAGAAAAAUAAUUGACGGACUUCAGCUGUGGCAGCAUCGCGCAAAUUCUUGUGAAAUGGUCUGGUGGCGAAACUUCAAAAAUACAUCGAGAUAAAGGGCAAUAUGUACAUGGAACAUAUAAAAAAUGUGCGAUGCUGCGGAAUAUAUCGACUUAGCCGAUUUUUUAAGAUAUGCAAGUUCGAGUUAACGAGGUAUAACAGUAUCUACAUAUGGAGUACCACUGUGGAAUUCUCUGUUCAAUAAAUGGCAUAUGAAUCUUCUAACUUAGUGUGAUGGGUUAAUGGCUAAAGCUGGUUUUCAUGUGAUUUUGUACGGUCACCUAUGUUCUUCAUACUGACUGAACCUUAAAGCUGUUGAAAGUUUUUAAGAAGUUUUGAAAAGCAAAAGAACUUCUCUGGAAUGUCUUACGGGUGAGUCUGCUUACUCCCUUUUGAAGGUGUGGCAAUCUUGACAUAAUGACAUGAUCAAAGUGUGCAUUUUAACCUGACAAAUGCGGCCUUAGUGUGUAGAGAAGACUGAUCAUGUAAGCACACUUGCUGUGUUGAUGUAACUGGGAGAAACUGUCAUGUUUGCAUAAUAUGUACACAAAUGCAUGGAAUUUUUGCAUGAAUUUGGCAUGAUUUCUUAUUGGUUCUAAUAUAGAACGCAUAAAACAAUGUUUUAGAUUGGAAGCUUUCUUUUUACCGCUACCUUGUCGUGAUAAUUGAACUAAAUGACGACAUUGCUUUGACGUACUGCCUGCCAAAUCGCAGAUCACUUACAGGUAAUUCAUGCUCUGAUAACGUAAAGAUGUGGUAUACCACAAAAUAACGCAAAAUGUUGGUUUGCCAGCAAUGUUUUUAUGUAAUCGAGGCUUGAUAAGUUUGAACUUUCUGUGCUCUUAGUGCAGAUAGAUAAUAGCUGAUACAAUGGCAUUAUAGUCAUCGUAAUCUGUCCGCAUCUGAUGGUCGAUAAGUUGUUUUUAUUUAAUUUGCAUGAGAUAGUGUACGUGAACUACACUAGACUAUUUCAUUAACUGCCUUUUGCACUCAACUCUCCUUUUUUGCGCACAACAAUAAGUGUGUGCAGAUUUCUUCGCUGUAGUGUCCAUAACUGCCACUUAUUCUCGGUGAGGUCGUGCCCUGUUUAGUUGUGUGCAGUCCUCGUAAUUCAGGAGACAACUUGUGCUGCCUGUGCAAUUGAAUUACAUUUACCUGAAUGCAGCUGUCUCCUGCUUCUAUUACUCCGCAAACUCGACCUUUGCUGGAAUUGUCACAAGUUUGCUGUCGUGCUUUGCUUAUUUAUGCCAUUAUGGCUCUGCCGUUGGACUCCUUCUUGUAACAAAGCUUUCCCACCUUUAUUGUUUGCAUUGAAAGCACCUUUAUCGGCAUUUAUGAUAGACUGUUUCGUGCAGUGGGUUGCCUUCGUAUGUGAAAACAUUAAAAUAGGUCCUUGUGGCCUUUGUUGUUUCA